AUGACAUCAGCAGAGAGAGAGAGAGAGAGAGAGAGAGAGAGAGAGAGAGAGAAGUCUACGGAGAAGCUGAAAGUCAAGACAGAAGUAAAGGUUGGAGAUGCUGUGAUAAGGUCAAGGGAAAAGCUAGGAGUUAACACCAAGGAGAAGAUUGUGAAAGAGCUCGGCGUUAAGGUUAAAGUGACGAACGGCGUGCAGGGCAUGAGGGCAAUGCUCAAGAAACUAUUUACAAACGCCGACAGAGCACGUCCGCCGCCGCCGCCGCCACCCGGCCGGCCGGCCAACGCCCGAGACCCCUGCCCGCCGCCUGCUGACCUCGCGCCCUAUAUAGCCAGCACGACCCCUUCCAAGGUGUGCAGCGCUCCUACAGACGUCGCCGCCACCGCCGCCAAUAUGACCCGCGCGCAGCUCAGACUGUUGGUGAUCGCCGUGCUGGGAGCGGCUUUCCUGCUGGGAGCAGCGAACGGCGACGAAGCAGACGAUUACCUGGUGAUCCGCCCGGGCAAGACGCCCGCCCCGCGCUUCUGCACCAAGAUCUACGCGCCCGUGUGUGCCGUCGGCUGCCGCACGCCCAUGACCACCUCUUCUCAUUUUGCACAACGGACCCUGCAACUGCCAUCGUCCGCGCCCUCCGCCGCGUCCAUGCUCAUGCACACAUCUUCCUCACCCCCAUUACCAUCACCAUCAUCAUGAACAUCCUCACAAUCGACGUCACGUGCACCAUCAUCAUGGCCAUCCUCACCGACAUGGGCAUGUAUUACCUCUUUAAUACCAUCACGUUUCUUUUCACAAACGCGCAAGAAAGGAGGAUUGAAAUCCCGAGGAAAUCAAACUCGAAAGGAAGACCUUGAAGAAAUGUAUGUCAUUGUGAAAACAAAAAAAGUCCAAGAGUCUACAAUUGAAACAAAACGAAAUAAAAUAUAUUUAUACAGAAU